CAAUCACAAAGCACGCAUCUCAUAUACACUCACAUGCAGUCUGCGGCUGGCAUCCGAGGAAUUUGAAGGCAAUAAAAAAUAAAAGUCUAUGAUCAGUUCCCGCGCUAAUUGUUUUCCAUUUUCAAAUUGUGUUGUGUUUUCUCUGUGAGUGCAUAAUUAGCAGUUGUUUCAUUUUUUCCGGAUUUAUGUAAUCAAGUUUGGAUUAUUCGUAAACUCCUUAUAAUGUAUUUCGGAAAUGUGGAUGGAUCUGUGACAGCAUGCUAGUACUAUAUGGGCCUGAGGCCCAUGCACAACCGCAGAGAUGGUAACUUGCGAUGAUACACCAGUCGGCUUCCACCUGGCCGGCCGCGAGGAUGACGGGCCACGUGCGCACGCGUCUUGCGCUUCCUCCCUCUCACAUUACAAACAGAAGAUCGACGCGCUCUUUGACGAUAAUCGCUCAGUAAGCAGUCAACAGUAUGGAUCUACGUCGGAUAUAGGCAGGAGAGAUAGUAAGAAAAGUAUCACGCGGGAUAAAACAACGUUAAUAGAGGAUGACAGCGGAUUCUGCGAUAGAGAGAUAAAAAAAAUCAAUAAUGAAGUCCAGGAUCGUAUAGCGAAGAUGUUUGCGGAUAUGGCGGAACAAUCACGAAAACCAGAUACGAUUGGUGAACACCAAUUCAAUGUACACUAUCUUGGUUCUACUCCACUGCAGAGUAAGGUCACAAGUCUAUCUGGACUACAAACACCUUUAAAAGAUCUAUAUUUUGCAUAUAGAAGAAAUUUUCGAAACAAAAAUACACUUACUGGCAGGUUACAAAUAUCAAAGAGUGGACUGAAAGUUCGAUAUAAAGGCGAGAAAGGGGACUUAGAACAAUUGAAUCCGUUCCCUACAAUUGCGGUUUGGUCGGCAGUAAAGUUUGUCGUCCAAAAAUCAGAAAAAGAUUCGACUGAAUCAAGUUACGCAUUUUUGCCUCUAAUCACUGAUCCGGAUAAUAUAGAUCGUCAUGCUUUAUUUAAGACAUUGGAGACAUCAGAAAAGAAAUAUAUCCUCUCCCACAACGAAAACACCCACUCACCUCUUUUCGCUGUUGUGAUGAGGAAGAUUGGAGUCGCUAAACAACUUGAGUGUCAUGGUUUUGUAUGUCAGACGACUGAGGAUGCUAUCGUUAUAGCAGCCACGUUAUACAAAUCCCUCAUGUCACAUAUGAGUCGUCAAGGUCAUACCGAUAACAAGAAACUGAAAAAUCGAAAUGGAGUCAGCUGUAUGAGCAUUGCGAGCAGUAUUACAGUCAAUGAUAUUCCAAUUAGACCACCAAGAAAAAAACGUAGCACAUCAUCAUAUAGUGGUGAUAGUGAUAGAGCUGAUGGAUUUUCAGCCAGUGAAUCGUUUAGAGAAAAAUCAAGAAAUGAUAGUUUUAAAGAAUUAUUAAUAUCAUCUCCACCCGUACUUCCUCUUGAUGCGAAGCGUAUAACUGUCGAGGAAGUAAGAGCUAAAUUAGAUUCAAUUAAAGAUAAGAGCGUAGCACGUGAGAGAAAGCUAAUGGAAACACUACCACAAGUUUCAAACAACUCACCCCAAAAUCCGCAAAGCAGUAGUGAAUCAACAGUUCGAAGUAAGGUAUCGGAAAAAAUUGAAUUAUUUCGUGAAUUAGAAAGACGGAAGAGUAUAAAACGUCCACCAACACAUCCUCCUCCAGUACCUAUUAAAUCACAAACAUCAGAUACUAAGGAACCUUUGAGAAGAACCCACAGUGGCAGACAAUUGAUGGGUGAAACUGGCGAUAUUCUUACAAAGGUAGCGAUACCGAGAUCUGGCAGCUUUCUCAACGCAGGUGGACUUACUCGGUAUAAAUCUAUAGGCCACAGAAAUAACGGCAAGAAGGGCGGGGGUUCACCAUUGGGUUUCAAUGAAUUAUUUCACGAAUUCAAAGUACAAGAAAACCUACAUUCAAUGGAUGAAAUAUUGAGCGUCAUAAUCGACCCAGACGGGAUGUCAUUCAAUGAUUUAAAACCCAUUUAUAAAGAAUUUCUCUUAAAAUUAGCAGUAACGUUAACUAAAGAUGAAAUAUUUCAGCAUAGCAAAGCAAUAAUGAAAAAACAGAAGAAGAAAAUUCUACGGCGUAAUACAUUUCAGAUAAAGCGAAGAAAAUUUUUCAAAGGCUCUAGUGGGCUGCGGAUGGUAUUUAGGUUUCCGUUUGGGAAAAAGAAAGAAAAGAAGAAAGCUCCAGUUGCGGAAGUAAAUGAUGCUUUAGAAGUAAAAGAGCCCGUUUCUGAAAGUUCAGUUUCUACAUCUAGUUAUGAUUUGAGACAGUUUAAACCUAAAGAGCCUCCGGUGAUAACAACAAAACGACAAAAUAUGAAAAGAAAUUCCAGACGAUCGGAAAAAGUCCACGUAUCCGAACGAAAAGGGAAAUUGUCGAGGCCUGGAGAGAGAACCUCCUCUGAAGAUUCGGACUUUUUGACGCUGAGCAAUCGAUUGGGAUGCCAAAACCGCAAUAGUUCAAGUGGCUACGUUUCGUGUUCCGAGUGUGAAUCCGAAAGCUGCAUGGACAGAUGUUAUUGUUCAUUAAAAGAUUGCAAAUCCAAAUGUUAUUGCUCGGCUAUAGAGACCGGAAAAGAUUCAGCGAAGGCGAAGUUAUUAGGAAAAAAUUGUAAAGAAUGUUCGAAGGAGAUUUACGAAGCAGAUUAUAGCUAUUGCAGCUGUGAUUCCGAAAGCUGUGAAGAUAGCAACAAGUGCUAUUGCGCAGGUCCGCGUCGUAGCGCACAGAGCUUAGAGUAUUUGAAGGGUGGGCGUGCGACGUACACCGACAAACUGCGACGGGCCUUUGAUGAUCACGAUGGGAAGACUAGAAGCAGGUCCGGUGCGUCGAGCCGUCGCCGUGAAGAACGUCGGCGCGCACGCAGCUCAGACAGCCUCGCGUUGGAUUACGAGUUACUUUUACAGAAUAAGCCGCGGGACACAAGAGCAAGGAACAUGCAGCGCCUUACUGUCCGAAGCACGGGCGCGGGCUCUCAUGACGCCCUGAGCGUGAAGAAGUCAGCCGAAAUGGCGGCCUUAUUCGCGGACGUGAGAUUAUCGCAAAGGACUGACGUACGAUCGUUGAUGGGAGGGAGGCGACCUCGUCCCGGCGCUUUGCCUCCAAGUGGUGCUCCGCCCCUCGCGACAAUGUUCGACCAUAGACCCUUGAGCAGGAACGCCAGCCUCGAAGAUACACUGGGGUACUUUCCUUAAAAUGGAUACAGUGCGUAUUUUAGAGAAAUAAAUAUUCUACAAGUGUCGGUCAAUGUACGAUUUUCGAUAGUUUGGAGUUUCCAGAAUUCCGAAUGAAAUAAUUUGACCGCAAUUACUUACAGUGAAUAUAAAUUGACCCAGAAAUUCAUGUAAAUCAACACAAUAAAGAAAUAUGGAGGAAUCUGAGGUGAUACACUUCUAGUUCGUAGAUUCUUAUAAUUUUAAAAAUUUUCAGUAACUCAAGAAUUUUUUUUAUUAAACUCUCUCACUGUUUGUUCUGAUUUUAAUAAAUAAAAGGAUGGGUUCUUCUUUUGGUGCAUCGACAGUAGUGAUAGAUAGGUUUGUCAGUUAAAAAUUUACCCAUUUGCAAAAAUUUUUUUGUAUUGUUCAAUCAAUCGCAGAAAAUCGCAAAAGUAUAUUUAAAAUAAAGAAAAAUUAUUUUAAAUACACUUUUGCGAUUUUUAAUACAUUAUGUAUGUAUUAAAAAAAUAUUUUAGAAUUUAUAAUAAUGUUACUAGGCACGAUGAUGUAAAUCACAUAUAUUAUAUAUGUAUGUGAUAUCGUAUCUCAAUCAAUUUACCACCUUAUUUAAUUAAGGCCGUAAAUUAUUUAUCUAUAUAUUUAUUUCGUAAGUUAACUUUGAGUCAGUUUUUUAUACACGUGUAUAAUUUUUAUGAAAAUAAGUCCUUGCGGAAUUGGAAGUCCUAAAUAACGUAUAUUUUGAAAAAUAUAUGCUUAUUAUGCAAAAUUUUGAAUGUAAUCAUAUUUUUUUUAUUUGGACCACAAAAUUAGGACAAACACAUGUCAAAAUUAACAUACAUACGAAAAUAUAUAAAGCGGUGUCGUCCCUAAAACAUGUGGACACGACCAGCGAAAUCAGGUAGAUACAAUAAACAGUGUUAAUACAAAAACAACCAUAAAUUUAAAAAUAAAAACUGUAAAGAAUUAAACUAUUUGAAGCAAGAAAAGAAAUUAUCGGUAUUGUGUCCUAAUUUUACUCUUAACUGAGGCCAGCAAACUUUGAAAAAUGUCAAUAAAUAAUAUCGUAGAAAGCCGUGUCAUUUUCAAGGUAAUUAUUACGAUACAUACUGUAAGCAUUUGAGACGAAAACUUUUUUGUGAAGAAAACCGUAAAUAUUUACUUUACUUUUAAUUUGAAAGUAAUUAAGUAGGCUUUAUAUGGACCCCAAUGUAACAUUAACUUGAAAUCCUUGCCAACAUGAAUUGCCUGACAUGUAAUCGUAUCAAUGUACAUAUCUUUAUUAUUUUAUCGAUGUAAUUAAUAAAUUUUAAUUUAUUCUGUAGGCAAUAUUUGUAAGUGAAACCUGCAAUAAUGUUCCAAUAUUUCAUAAGUGUAAAUAAACAUUUAAACAUUUAUAUUUGACGUUGUGCAAUGACAGUGCAAUAUUUAGAAUCUACUUGCUAAUGCGAUAUUUGUGCAAUAAUUAAUGAUCUGUUAAUAAAGUUAUUAUGAAAAAUU